AUGGAGUCUUUACUGUCAUUUACUCAGCAAUGCUUGGGACAACUAAUGAGCUACGUGUUUCGCUUUUUGAGCUGGCUGAUUCCUGUCACGUACAGUUUUGCUCAAACACACCCAACCAUCACCAACAUUACUGGCUACCUUUUGGCGGCGUAUAUCUCCUGGAAACUACUGUGUCAUCUAUGGACAGUUAUUAAACGGAUCAUGCUACUGGCUGUGGUAGUGCUGGCGGUGCUGUUGUGGUCUCGCGGACUGCACCAAGUGGUAUCCGAGGAUGUGCCUUUCGUGGUCCAGUACCUGGAGCGCAAUUCAGACUUCCAAGAUCAAGUGGACCGCUUUCUAUACCAUGCUCAUCCCAGCUAUUUGCGCAAUUACUACUCUACUGCUUUUUGGUACCCUGUCGGUGAGCUAAGGGAAAGGUCGAUUCGAUUUUUGGCUAGUCUGUCGCAGUAG